AUGUUGCUGGAAAUGUCGUCGCGAUCCGAUGCAUCGCCAGAUGUAUUUGACAAGUUAGAAGUCGAAUUCACUGGCGCGACUGGGGCCAAUGUUGCCGGGGCCGGUAUUACGGUGGGUGCAGUCGUGGCGGCAGGUGAUGAAGAAUUCGUAGGGGGUGCAGUCGUUGCUGCAGGGGAUGAAGAAUUCGAAGGGGGUGCAGAGUUAGUGGAGUAUUCGCAGGAGGAGCGGCUUGAGAAGCACCUUGGGCGGCAAUGGCGGCGGCGACGAGAAUUACUGCGAGUACCUUCAUCAGAAUUUAAAGGGAGGGUCAACGAGAAUUUGAUCGGUUGA